AUGUCGACAACGACCACCUUGAUAGAAUCCACCUCCAAUCCUAUAAUCCCCAACCAGAAUGCUGAAGUCCUCGAGCUGGAUAAUACAGGCGAUGACCCCUCUACCCAGGCUGGACAGUCCAGUCUCCCCCCAACCGACCACGGUGCUGCAGCAUGGCGGUUACUACUCGCGGCGUUCGUGUUUGAAGCUCUACUCUGGGGAUUUCCCCUCUCGUUCGGCGUCUUCCAGGACUACUAUUCCAGCCUCCCGGAAUUCAAGGGCGACCGGUACACGUCGGUGAUCGGUACGACGGCCUCGGGCAUCUCAUACCUCGGAGCUCCCCUGGCCGUGCCGCUGAUCAGGCGGUGGUCGAGGUACCGGACGCAGAUGAUCCUUGUGGGCUGGCCGCUCUGCAUUGUCGGCCUGAUCGCGGGCAGUUUUGCCAACCGGCUGCCGACGCUGAUCCUGACCCAGGGCGUCAUGUACGGCGUGGGCUUUAUCAUCUUCUAUUACCCGAUCUUGACGAUGGUGGAUGAGUUCUGGGUGACGCGGCGAGGCAUGGCGUAUGGCUUCUUGUGCGCUGCGUCCGGCGCGUCCGGUGCCGUCAUGCCCUUGAUCCUCCAGGCGCUGUUGGCCAGGUUCGGGUACCGAACGACGCUGCGAGCUGUGGCUGUGGCACUGGUCGUCCUGACCGGGCCUCUGGUCCCGUUCCUGAGGGGCCGCCUGGGACACCACUCCAACACGAGUCUCAGGACGGACUGGAAGUUUCUCAAGAAACCGCUGUUCUGGAUUUACAGCGUGAGCAAUUUGCUGAUGGGGCUAGGAUAUUUCUUCCCCUCUCUUUAUUUGCCAUCCUAUGCGACGACCAUCGGCUUGAGCGUAUCGAAGGGGGCUUUACUCCUGACCGUCAUGAGCGUGUCGCAAGUCGUGGGACAAUUCACCUUUGGCUAUCUGUCGGAUAAGAAACUGUCGCUGAACGCUCUGAUGACCAUCUCCCUCUCGGUUGCAGGGGCCGCGACAUUCGGGGCCUGGGGUCCUGCCCGCUCGUUACCGCCGCUUAUCAUCUUUGCGCUUUUGUACGGUUUCUUCGGCGCGGGCUAUACGGCCAUGUGGGCGAGGAUGGUGACUGCAAUCGACGAUGAGCCGUCCGCCUCUCAAGCCAUGUUCAGCCUGUUCUGCUUCGGAAAGGGCGUCGGGAACGUCCUGGCUGGGCCGAUCAGCGCCGCCCUGUUGAGCCUGUCGUCGGACACGGCUGGUUAUGCGCACGGGAUGUACAAAGCCAUCGUGGUCUUCGCGGGGAUUUGUCUGCUUCUCAGUGCUGGCACUUUGGCUGCAACCAAGUGCAGACCGAAGGGUGUAGCAGCCAAUGGGAGUCGGAAUUUCUCGCCCGACAAUUGA